AUGGAUCACUCACGAGAUCCGUGUCCAUGGGUGGCGCUUUCAGAUUUUGGCGGAGCGUUCUGUAUGGGCGCUUUAGGAGGCACAUUAUGGCACGGCAUUAAGGGAUUCCGAAAUUCACCAUAUGGCGAACGACGGAUAGGCAUGAUCACAGCGAUCAAAGCCCGCGCGCCUGUGACGGGAGGCAACUUCGGCGUAUGGGGAGGCAUGUUCAGCACAUAUGACUGCGCAGUCAAGGGCAUCCGCAAGAAGGAAGAUCCUUACAACUCCAUCAUUGCAGGUUUUCUGACAGGAGGCUCGCUGGCGAUAAGAGGAGGCUACAAGGCGGCGAGAAACGGUGCCAUCAUGUGUGCCAUCUUCCUUGCUGUCAUUGAGGGUGUUGGUAUUGGCAUUCAGCGGCUGAUGGCGGAGAACACGAGACUCGACGUAAGUGUGAAGCCCAUCUAA